CUUAGUGACUCGGCCAAGGCCUGCGCUGUCCUGAAGGCGGUGAGCCACCUACAAGACUUCCUUGCAACAACAAUCCUUCUUUCUCAUUUCUUCUUUAGCGAUUCCUUCUUUAUGAGGAGACCUUUUACUAUGACAAUGGAAGAAGAAAGCGUCGCAUUGUUGCUACAGCAGCUCCAGGAGCUCCGUACAGAGAUGCGGACUCAGAAACAACAGCUCCAAGAAGAGAAUAACAGCUUACGGGCGGAACUACAGGCCGUACGGAACUCGCAACUGAGAAACCAUCCACCAGUUACCACUACAGUUACAUCCGCAACGCCCACCCCCUACGAACGAAGCUAUCCCCGUCCUCGUCACCCGGAUGUCGAACCCUUUACUGGAGAAGACCCUAAGGACUACCCUCCUUUCCAGAUGAACCUUCGUACGAAGUUUGCAAUCGACGCCGCCUGCUACCCUACAGAGGAGGAACAAGUUUACUAUGCCUACAGCCGCCUGAGAGGAAAAGCCAGCCAGCGUGUACUACCAUGGCUCUUGGCUCGCCAGAAAUCUGAGACUCCCGUGCUAUGGGCAGAAUUCUCCGCGGUACUAGACAAGGCCUUUGGUGACCCUGACCGACAGAGAAAGGCUCUUGUACGAGUGAAUACAAUGAAGCAAGGGAAACGUGACUUUGAAGAGUUCUUGAAUGAAUUUGACGAAGAACUUCUUAAUGCUGGAGGGAUUAAUUGGGAUGAUAACCAGA